AUGGCUUUCAAAAUUGGUAAUUUCGAAACUAAAAAUACGUACAGCAUGACUGUUGGAGGUGAUGCGAAACAUAUUAAUGUUCAUAUCGCUGAUGGAGCACUUAAAGCAAAUCAUACUCCAGUUCAAGCGGCAAUGAAUAGUGCUGGUAAUGCUGCAAGUAAGAUAAUCGAAAGUGGUGCUAGCUUAAUUACUGCACCAGUAACCUGGUUCAAAGACAUGCAAGAAAAUUGGCUGUCAUAUAUGAUUGUCAUUGCAAUUAUCAUUGGUGGUGCAACACAAAGUCAGUUGAUUGAACUGACUAAAAUUAUUGGCGAGAAGAUUAUUCCCACUCCACAACGACCGCCAUCGUCAGCAAUAUCUCCACUAAACUUUCCAUAUUUGGCACGAAAUUCACAGGUUUAA